AUCGGCGCUAUUCACUCAGUCGUAUUUGGUGGUUUCUCUGCAGACUCCUUACGUGAUCGUAUUGAAGAUACCGGUGCCGUUAUGCUUAUUACCGCUGAUGGCGGUACACGUGGUGGGAAAAUCGUUGGACUUAAAGAAGCGGCUGAUAGCGCAUUAAGUAACGGCUGCGCUAGCAUCAACAAUGUUAUCGUAUUAAAACGCAGCGCACAUGAUAUAAACAUGCAAGAUGGUCGUGACACUUGGUGGUCUGAUGUUGUUGCCGGGCAAGAUAAAAUCUGUGAACCAGAAUGGGUGAAUGCUGAAGACCCAUUAUUUUUACUUUACACUUCAGGUUCUACCGGCAAACCUAAAGGCAUACAGCAUUCCAGCGCGGGCUAUUUACUUAACGCCAUUACGACUAACCUAUGGGUGUUCGAU